AUGGGAAAAACAUUAGUGGAUAAUGCAGAAAAGCCAGAGUCUGUACUUUCUCAACCAAAAUCCACAACAGGUGACGCCCUCGGGACCGGUCUUUAUGGCUACCAGCACUUCCGGCGCCUCUGUCGCGACCGAGGACUUCUAUUUGAAGAUCCUGAUUUUCCGCCGACCAGCAAAGCUCUAUUUGGGAAGAACAAGGCCGUAUCCUCCCACAUAACAUGGCUGAGGCCAUACGAAAUCUGUACAAGACCGAAGUUCGUGUCUGAUGGAGGGUCUCGAUGUGGUAUUGAACAAGGCGAGUUUGGUGACAGCUGGCUUCUUGCAGCCAUAUCCUGUCUCACUUUAACUCCCAAAUUCCUCGACAGAAUAGUACCCUCGGACCAAAGCUUUGGACCUGGCUACUGUGGUAUCUUUCGCUUCCGGUUUUGGAAAUUUGGAGAGUGGGUAGAAGUGAUUGUGGAUGAUCGACUUCCAACUAAUAGAGGGCGUCUCAUCUAUUUACACUCGGCUGAUCCAACAGAAUUUUGGGUGGCUUUGCUGGAAAAAGCUUACGCCAAAUUCUACGGGAGCUACGAACUUCUGCACAACGGUCGGACAGGCCGAGUUCUUCAAGAUCUCACUGGUGGAAUCGCCCAGAGUUUCUGUUUGGCAGAACACGACCAACACAUCGUCUAUCAAAUGAUCAACAGCGCCGUCUUGCGGUCUACGAUGUUAGCUGUAUCUAUACGAACUGAUCAUCAAAGCUCAAUAAGGCUUCGAAAUGGCCUAUUUACUCAUCAUGUGUAUAGUAUCACAAGCAUAGCAAAGUUGAAGACCCAAAAUACAGAAAUCCCCUUGGUUCGCUUGAGAAAUGCAUGGGGAAAAGGGGAAUGGAAUGGAGCAUGGAGUGACAGAUCCUGGGAAUGGGACAAGCUCCCUGAGAGAGAUAAAGAUAUGCUAAGCAUGCGUGUACGUAAUGAUGGAGAAUUCUGGGAAGUAAACGACGAUAAUCUGCUAUACAAGGACUUAACCUUUAAUAAACCCGGUGAACUAAUAUCAACACAGAAUGGCUAUAAUCUGGUGGCUAAGAUUAUGCAUAAGUUACCAUCAGAAAUUGACGCCAUGACUCUACUGAAGAUUUUAAAGGCCUGUUGGAGACCUUUACAGAUCCUAGCAGAGAAGCCUACAGUGGAAUUAUGUCGUCAUUUGGUCAUGCUCAGAGAUCCUAUGAUAAGUGGGAAAAUCAUGUGUAAAGACGUAACAGGUCUUCUGUACACACUUCAAUUUUGGAGGACUGUCUUUCUAAAACAUGAACAACCGAAUCGUGGACGAACGAACUGUUUCAACCUCAGAUCACUGUUAUGGGAGGCAGGAGUCACCGUAAGCAACAAAGUUCUCGAGAGUCUGAUAGUCAGAUUCGCCAAGAAAAAUGUUUUAUCGUCUGAAGCCUUCCUCUUAGCACUAGUCAAGCUCUAUCUUGCUCACGAAAGGUACAAGACAAUAGAAAAGAAGAUGAGAGAAAAUACUCUAUCGUUGGAAGAGAUGAUCCUGAUGACGAUCUACUCGUGAGUAAUGACAUCUACUUUCAAGUAAAUAAAUGUCCAACUGUAUAAGUAAUCAUUUGUGCAGCAAUUUAUAGAGU